UGGAUCUAUAAAUCUAAUCCUCUUUAUAGCAAAAGUGCUCUCGUCCAAAGUUGAGAGUAUCAAAAACCUCAUUUCCAUGGAGAUCGAGGAUUACUACAAGCAGUCCGUAGAUCUAGAUCUGAAGCUAGCUGAUCAUCAAUUUCAAAGUGCCAGAAUAUUACAAAUCAAGGAAAAAAUGGAAGAGGGAGAUAGCCCAUUACCUCAAUCUCCUGCCGACGUUUAUGCUCCUCUCCUUCGAGCUAUCCUAGAAGAUAACUGGAAAGCUGCUGAAGAUUUUAUGCAGAAAAACCCAAACUACUGCCUUGGAGACCACAUAACAAAAGAGAAAGGGACAGCUCUUCACUUUGCUGCAGCUGCAAAACGCACCCAAUUAGUAGAAAACCUCCUGAAAAAUAUGAGAUUGGAAGAAUUAGAAUUGAAGACCAACGGAAACUGCACGGCCCUUUAUUAUGCCGCUCAAUCAGAAAUCGUAACAAUUGCAAAAGAGAUGGUGAAAAAGAAAAGAAAUCUACCAUUGAUCCCCAAGGAUGACAUCGAAGCUUUACCACUUUACGCGGCAAUAAUGACUGGAAAUAGAGACAUGGUAUCGUAUUUAUACUCUGUGACUCCUCUUGAAGAAUUGGCUUCUGCGGGUCGUGUUCAGCUCCUUGUGGCUACUAUUUCCUCUGAUUUGUAUGAUGUGGCACUCAAAAUUCUGAAUAAUUUAAAUUUAGCACGUGAAGAGAAGGAAUCUCUUUGGUUUCCAUUGAAAUUGUUGGCCAAAAAACCUUCAGGAAUUGGCAACAAAAGUCAGCCAUCAGUAUGGGAAAGAUGCUUAAACUCCUGCUUCAAAGGUCAGUUCUGCAACAAAGCUAUGAUGCAAGUAUCAGCCCAUCAAUUAGUUGACCGCCUUUGGAAACUGUUUACGAACGACACAAAUUUCUCAACUUUGGUUUCCCGACAUAAGCAACUAGUUGCUGAAGCUGCAAAAGUAGGGAACGUGGAAUUUCUAGUUAUACUUAUACGCUCUUAUCCCAAUCUCAUAUGGGAAGUUGACGAAGAUUACGGAACUUUAUUUCACGUUGCUGUUGAACAUCGACAAGAGCGUGUAUUUAAUUUAAUAUAUGAGAUAGGUGUUUUGAAGGACAACCUCACGAGCUUAUAUGUUGAAGGGAAUAAAUCCAUGCUGCACUUAGUUAAAGAAUUGCCUUCUUUAGAUCGAUUGAAUAUCAUAUCAGGAGCAGCCCUUCAAAUGCAACGAGAGUUAUUGUGGUUUCAAGAGAUAGAAAAGAUCAUGCCGAAGUCAUCCGUGAAUGAGAUGAGUGGACCAGAAGAAGAAAAACCGCUUAAGGAUAUGUUUUCGGAGAACCAUAAAAUAUUACAGAAGAAUGGUGAAGAGUGGAUGAGGAACACGGCAAACUCUUGCAUGCUCGUGGCAACUUUGAUUGCCACUGUGGUUUUUCCAGCUGCCUUUACAAUACCGGGUGGCAACAAUCAAGAAACAGGCGUUCCUAUAUUUUUGGAAACUAACUGGUUUACGGUAUUCUACACAUCAAAUGCAGUAGCAAUGUUAUUCUCUUCGUCUUCAAUAUUAGUUUUCUUGUCAAUUCUCACGUCACGCUACACAGAACGAGAUUUCUUGACGUCAUUACCUCUUAAAUUGGCAGGGGGACUCGUUAUGCUUGUAAUCUCAAUAGUAAGCAUGCUGAUAGCAUUUAUUGCGGCAUGCUUUUUGGUCUUUAAAAGCAAAAAAAGUGUUCCGGUCCGUAUAAUAAUUGUUGCGGUGCUGGCUAUCCCAAUUUGUUUGUUUGGUAUCCUACAUUAUCGCCUUUGCUUUGAUAUAUUCUGCUCAGCAUUUUGUUCUAAGAGUUUCCGAUCAGAGAAUAGGCUUUUCAAUUCCAAGAAAGGAACGCCUAUUAUGGAAAUUAAGAAUGACAACCAAAUUGGAAUUGAUGGCAGAACCCAGGUUCGGUUUACCAGUUCUGCAACCAGUCCUACAACCAGUCAUGCAAUUCCUCGAUCGGUGUGAAAUUCGACCAAAUUAUGAUCAAGGCUCUUCAGUGUGAUCUUCAUAAUUAGCUAAUAAUGUUGGUUUUUUAAAACUUAUGGGUACUAGGCUGCUUCAAAAGAUGCUACUUUUUAUUAAUUAGGACUCUUGAAACUCUCUUUUAAGGUAAGUCUAUGAUGUUUGUCGUUAUAUAUGUAUAUGUAUGUUAUUGAAUAUUCUGAUU